UCAACUCUCGAACAUUCAGACGGCGAGCUUCUCUACCACUCCGCGCUCCAGCCAGCACGGCUUUCGGUUAUUUAGCAAGGGAGGUCAAGUCCUUUAUUCCUUUGUAGGGAACUCGAUCACGCGGACUAGAUACCGAAAGUUGGAAUCGGGCACUGCGCUGCCCGCCUGACCUCUGUUGUUAUCUUGCGCCUAUCAUUCUGUAGCAAACUCGAUCUGCAAGAAAGAAGGCAUCUGCCGUGCACAUCCUGCUUGCGCCGCCACCAUGUCUGCGCCCUCCCCGGGAACUUCAAGCCAACCGAGGCGCUCCGCCCUGAAAUCCGACAGCGAGAGCGAGAGAAUGUCGGGUUUCCCGUUCAAUGCUACAGUCAAAGCUGUUCAGAUUGCCGAGCCGGAGCCCUCGCCUUCUGAUGACCCGCAGGUUAAGAAGCAAUUCUCAGCUGGUGUCGCCAAGCGACUCAGCGGACGACCCCCUCUGUCCACCCCGCCUUUAAGGUCUCUGAGCCAAGUCAGCAUGGAGAGCGGCCUCGACUCAACGCCUGCAGCGCUCUCGGGAUCGAUAGAAGAUAUUCUGAACCAACCGCCUCAUCCCAAUCACCGUCAUAGGCUAGACCUGGCUACCGAACGCCUUCUGAGCCAGGUGGCGGACUGGUUGGAGCGGGAGAAGGUCAAGCGGCAGAACAAAAAAUCUCGAAAGCUCACCGGACGGCGGAGAUCACCGCCCAACCGCCAUGUUAGUGUUCCGGCCCCGGUGCCAGGCAGAGCGCGGGCCGAUUCCGUCGAAUCUGACUCGAGCGAAGUGUCCCUGGAAAGGCUGCAGACGAUUUUGGACAGCAGCAUGGCCGCCAUGGGUCUAAAUUCUGUGUCACAGCUUGGCCCACGCCUUGGGCGGAAGCACCGAAAGAGGUCAAGCAGGAACCUCAGCCGGACCGCCUCGUCCGAUACCGAGUGGUUCGAUGGCGACGUCGUGGUUCCCAGCUGUGAGGUCGUCCUUGACAACUCAAAGACACUGGCCUACACGGGCGGCAAAUCCGGCGCGGACGACUCUGCCUCCAUCUCCAGCCGCAAGGAAGAGAAGGACAAGCAGAACUGGCUCUCAUUCAAGAACGAAAUCAUCCGUCUGGCCCAUACCUUGCGGCUCAAGGGCUGGAGGCGGGUGCCGCUCGACAGCGGCGAGAGUAUCUCGGUCCAGCGCCUCAGUGGGGCCUUGACCAACGCUGUCUACGUGGUCACGCCACCUCCCGAGUCACUGUUACCCCGGGAGCCCGGCAAGAAACAGCCCACCAAGGUGUUACUGAGAAUCUAUGGGCCCCAAGUGGAGCAUCUGAUCGACAGAAAGAACGAGCUCGAUGUGCUGAGGCGGCUCGCUAGGAAGAAGAUCGGCCCUCGCCUCCUUGGCACCUUUCUCAAUGGCAGGUUCGAGCAGUACCUGAACGCUACCCCGCUGACCCCGUCCAGCAUGCGGGACCCAGACACGUCCAGGCAAAUUGCCAAACGCAUGCGUGAGCUACAUGAUGGGAUCGAGCUGCUCAGUGAGGAGAGGGAUCAGGGCCCUGGCGUGUGGAAGAAUUGGGACAAGUGGCUCAGCCAGGUGGAGAAGACGGUGCUGUUCCUCGAUAGGCGGGUUCUUUCGAAACCUCAGAGCCUUCCAGGCGGCGUGUGGAAAACUCGCGGCUUCGUUUGCGGCGUGCAGUGGCCCGUCUUCAAGAGCCUUGUAGAGAAAUACCGCCGGCACCUGGAAGCCUACUACGGUGGCUCGAACAAGAUCCGAGACAAGCUUGUCUUUGCACAUAGCGAUACACAAUACGGCAACAUCCUCCGCGUCCGCCCGGACGACGAGAAAUCCCCCCUCCUCCAGCCGGCCAACGAGCACAAACAGCUCGUCGUUAUUGACUUUGAGUACGCCGCCGCCAACCCGCCUGGGCUGGAAUUCGCAAACCACUUCUCCGAGUGGGCAUACAACUACCACGACCCGGCCCGGCCCUACGCCUGCGACACGUCCCUCUACCCAACCCCGGACCAGCAGUACAGGUUCAUCAAGGCGUAUGUCGAGCACCGCCCGCAGUUCCCGUUCGGUGACCUGUCUUCCUCCUCCCCCGCCACGACCCCGGCCGCGACGCCGACCUCGACACCUCCCGCAGGGAAGAGGGAUGGCGGGGCCCCAGGUAGUACCGGGCUGCACGCAACCCCGUCAACGAGCUCCAUCGUCGAGUUUAUGCUGGACGCCCGGGUGCCGCCGGGCGGGUGGAAGGAAGCGGAGCGCAAGCGGGAGGAGGAGGCGGAGCGCAAGAUCGCGGCGCUGAUGGAGGAGACGAGGCUGUGGCGGACGGCGAAUAGCGCGCAGUGGGUUGCGUGGGGGAUUGUGCAAGCUAAGGUUCCGGGGGUUGAGAAGGAAGUCGAUCAGGUUGACGGUGGUGAUGGUGCCGAGGGGAAUGGAGCGGUGAACGGUGUCGAGGAGGCUGGAGAGACGGCGGAGAAUGGGGAGGCUGAGCCGCUCGAGGAGGACUUUGAUUACCUCACAUAUGCUCAGGACAGGGCCUACUUCUUCUUGGGCGAUUGUGUGCUCAUGGGACUGGUCAGAGCCGAGCAGCUUGGGGAGGCGGUCCGUGGGAGGCUUAAGCUGGUUGACUACUAGGUGGGCAGCAGAUUCAGAUGCUAGCUCUCUGCCUUGCCUAAGGAGUUGUUGAGUGGGUUGUUGGUGUGCUGUCGCGCCGAGGGCUGUUUCAGAUAGGCCCGUGAGAGCUAAUGAUGCCAUGGCGCAAAUUCCCCGCAUUUGUCAUCGUACUACCUCGUGUUGGUGGAGUGGACAACAACAGGUGCUUCUUCAACCGCCGCAGAACC